ACACACCAGAACGGGAGCAACCUCGGCGCAAACACUCCCGCCGGAGCCUGCACCGGUCAGGCAGUGGCAGUGACCACAAGGAGGAAAAAGCCAGCCUGUCCCUUGAGACCUCUGAGAGGGUUGUUUCCAGUUUCUGGCUAACCCAAGUGUCCAUCAACUGGUGAAUGGAUAAACAAUACAUGCUACAUCUAUGUAAUGGAAUGUUACUCAGCCCUACAAAGGAAUGGAGUGCUGGUACAUGCUACAACAUGGAUGAAUCAUGAAAACAUUAUGUUAAAUGAAAGAAACCAGACACAACAGACCACAUAUGUACAGUGCCAUUUAUGUAAAGUGUUCACAUCAGGCAAAUCUAUAGAGAGAAAAGCUCACAGGAGGCAAAGAGUCCGAAGGUGGAGCUGCACAGCCACUCAGAGGUCCCUUUCCAGAUGCUAGAUGGCAACAGUGGCUUGAGUUCUGAGAAGAUCAGCCAUAACCCCUGGAGCCUGCGCUGUCACAAGCAGCAGCUGAGCCGCAUGCGCUCUGAGUCCAAGGACCGAAAGCUCUACAAGUUCCUCCUGCUUGAGAACGUGGUGCACCACUUCAAGUACCCCUGCGUGUUGGACCUGAAGAUGGGCACGCGGCAGCAUGGCGAUGACGCAUCAGCUGAGAAGGCAGCCCGGCAGAUGCGGAAAUGCGAGCAGAGCACAUCAGCCACGCUGGGCGUCAGGGUCUGUGGCAUGCAGGUGUACCAGCUGGACACAGGGCAUUACCUCUGCAGGAACAAGUACUAUGGCCGUGGGCUCUCCAUUGAAGGCUUCCGCAAUGCCCUGUAUCAAUAUCUGCACAAUGGCCUGGACCUGCGACGAGACCUGUUUGAGCCUAUCCUGAGCAAACUGCGAGGCCUGAAAGCUGUGCUGGAGCGGCAGGCCUCCUACCGCUUCUACUCCAGUUCCCUGCUUGUCAUCUAUGAUGGCAAGGAGUGCCGGGCUGAGUCCUGCCUGGACCGCCGGUCUGAGAUGCGUCUCAAGCACCUGGACAUGGUGCUCCCUGAGGUGGCGUCAUCCUGUGGCCCCAGCACCAGCCCCAGCAACACCAGCCCCGAGGCGGGUCCCUCCUCUCAGCCCAAGGUGGAUGUCCGCAUGAUUGACUUUGCACACAGCACGUUCAAGGGCUUCCGGGAUGACCCCACCGUGCAUGAUGGGCCGGACAGAGGCUAUGUGUUUGGCCUGGAGAACCUCAUCAGCAUCAUGGAACAGAUGCGGGACGAGAACCAGUAGGCCCUGUUCUGGGCCCCCAGAACCCCUUCCUCUCCACCCGCAGGCAGGGACCAUUGUUCUGAACUUUCCAUGAGGACACACAGACUUGCUUUUAAAGGGUUAUAUUUCUCUUUGGUGUAAACUAAAAGAAAUGUUUUUAGCUGUAGCCUGGAAUCCAUAUAUAUAAAGUGAAGGAGGGUAGACCACACGCCCUCUCAGCCAGGCUCCUCAGCUUUGUGGCUUUGAUUGGUGUGUCCAGGCUGCCUUAGGAAGCCCGGUGGGCUUGGCAGCAGGGACAGGGUACCCUUGGACAUUGGUUUCUCUUGUCUAGAUCUUUGAGGUCUGUGGCUGCAGGGCCCUGCUGAUUGUAGGGUAAAGCCCUGGGCUGGUGCAGGGCCCCUCCAUGCCCACUCUUCCCUUGUUCCCCAGAAGUAGAGGGCUUUGGGUGCCCAUUUCUUGGGGGCUUUCUGGUCUUAUGCUGUGGGUGUCAGCUAGCUCUUUAAUAGGUGCCCUCAGGGCACCACAGGGCUGACUGCACAAAGCUGGACCCAUCCUUGGGUCUGAUCUUAGUAUGGGGCUAGAUUCAUGAAGCUGGGCUAAGGCCAACUUAUGGCAGAGGGCAGGCCCUGGGUUCCCCAGGUACCUGUUGGCACGUGACAGGUUGGCACCUGUCCUAUUCCUGAAACAGCCAGCCUCUCUCACCAAGUUCCCUUGCCUAAGAAGACCACUCCCUCCUACCCCACUGAAGUGGGGGAUAGUCGGUGUCCUAGCAGGCCUCAGGGCCUCUGGUGGCUCUGGCCCAGACAGUAUUUGCAGUUCUUGUGCUAUGGGUGGGAGUCUUCUUUAAGUUUGGGCAGCUGUGCUGCUGCUGGAUGGGCUGCUCCUCCCAGGGCUCAAGGGCUGUGGUCCGCUCAGGGUCUCAUUUCCCCAGGCCAAAUUCAAGGUGGCAGCUCUUCGUGAGGUGCUCUUGGCCCUGGGCCUAGAGGGAAAACUUUAAGCUUUUUUGCUCACAGGGACAUGGUAUGGGCCCUGGGUGCAGGUGCCCACAUUCUGCUAAUGAGAGCUUUGUCUGAUCAGUCCUGGGUCCAUCAGUUUGUCCAUGUGUCCAGCUGCCAGCCCCUGUCCCUCGGGAUCCUUCCUCUGGGGUGUAGCCUUGUUCAUUAGUAUAUACUCAUUCCUUCAUGCUUUCCUCAGCAGAACACUCCCACUUCUGAGGUGAGCUUUUGCCUCAUGCCCUUCCUCCACAGGUAUUGCCUUUUUAUAAAGACCUGAUAGCAGAAUAAACUGGUGGUGUUUCCCUGCUGACCCAGCACCCUUUCUGUGGGCCUAGAAUAUGGCCCUCAACACUGACAGUGGGGCAGUGAGGGCUUGCGGAGUGAUCCUUCCUUUCUCAUGGUUUUAGUCAUUUUGGCUGCCAGCCCUUAAUGGCACAGACCUGCUGCUUCUAAAACAGAUGGCCAGGACGUGACACCGAUUUCAGCCAUUGCCAGGGUUAGCACCCUCUCCUUUGAGCCUAGGGCCACUGUUCAUUGUCACUUUAGGCAAGUGCCUGUUUGGCAUUAAAGGUAAGCCUGCCAGCUGUGAGAGGCCUUGGUAACUGAUGGACUCAUUUCCUGGUCCUUAGAGAUGCAGCCUCUUAAGGGCUCCUUGAUGGAUGCCAUCUCUCCUAGCCCCCGGCCCUGGUGCCACUGGUGGGCAGGUUCCCAUUCUUUGGGGCUGGGAGGGACAGCUUGGCUGUUUCUGGUCAGAAAUUACGGUUUUCUCCUGUACCAUUCCGUGGCUUCAGCCAUGGGGGCAGUAGCCCUUCAUUAGUGUAGACUUAGUCAUUCCCUGGUAGGGUGGAGGGUAAGACAUAGGGUCUGGAGCUGUUUGGGACCUUUUGGGGAUGUCCUGUGCCUCCCAGGUUCCUAGAUUCUGGGAGGAGAGGCUGCCACAUUCUGCUGCUCCUCACAGCGAGCAAAGCUUCAGCCACUUACAUUCAGUAUUUUCCUGGCACUACAAAGAGUGGGAAGGCCUGGGAUUUGCUGCUGCUCCCCUAGAGCAGGGCCCCUCUUUUCAGCACUUUGGACACCUGGAGACCCAGCCCUGUUAUUUAAUGGUAGUGGGCAAGUGUGUGUGCAUACUGUCUGCCACUGCUUUCUCCCUGCCCCAUGCCAGAGCCCUCUCCCUGCCAGGCCCUGCCUUAGCCCCAACUUGGGACCAAAGUGCAACAUGGGAUCAUGGGUUGGGGUGCUCGGGUGACCCCUCUCUAUAGUGCUUCCCUGGGCCAAGCUGACACCAGCCCCUGAGGGUGGGGUGGGACGGGUGGUGCUUAAAAGAGGAAGGGGACCAGUGUAGCAAAUUGCUAGGGACCCCCACCCUUCCCUCUCUGGGCCUGUGCAAUGGGCGUGGGGAUUCCCAUCAUGGGGCCUGGCGUCUGUGCUAGUUCCGUAGCUGCUGUUCACGCGCUCACUCCUGACCACAUGCACGUUCCCUAGAUGCAGAUUGCUUUGAACUUUAAAGCUGUACGAUUUGGUUAUGUUUGUGCUGACUUAAAAAAUAUUUUAAUGAGAAAAAAAAUGGACAACCCUGGGAAGGACCUGGUUCUUUUGCUUCUCGGGGAACUGUAAGCCCCCGCGUUCUGGGAAUCGCUCUCUGCUCCUCUUCUUGGAAGCUAAGCCUGUCCCCACCGCCCGAGGUCUGUGCCCGGACACUAACCCGUGGCUCCCGCCGCAGUUGUGUUUGCUUUGGACCUUGCGUGAGGGAUGCUCGGUCCGAGCCCGCUCCUUUCUGUACACCUAGCGCUGCCCGCCCCGCUUGUGUCUGAGGUCGUGUAUGUCAAAAAUAAAGCCGCUAGAAACGGA